GCGCAGUUCAUUUCGAACGAGCCUAAUAUGUCCCGCGGUUCUUAAACGCGUCUUUACGCUACAGCGGAUAUGACGUCGGCUUCCUCCCUCGACUGCAGAUUAAGCUAAACUAGCAAGGCAGCGAUGUCAGGAGCCGAGGAGACUUCAAAGGACUCUGCGAGGGAGGCCGAAGAGUUUGACGUGGAGGCUGACGACCACACCGAGGAUGAGUACUUCAUGGACCCGACCCGAUAUAUGUUCUACAGAGACCGAAAGGAGUGGGCUGAUCUGGAGCCUGUUAUUCAGGAUGAUGGCCCAAAUCCUGUUGUGAAGAUCGCCUAUUCUGAAAAGUUCGCAGAUGUGUAUGACUAUUUCCGUGCACUCCUGAAGAAUGAUGAAAGAAGCGAUCGGGCUUUCGCCUUGACAGCUGAUGCCAUUGAGCUUAAUGCUGCUAAUUACACAGUUUGGCACUACAGGCGAGUACUUCUUCAAGCCCUAUCGAAGGACCUGAGGGAAGAGAUGAGGUACAUUACUGCCAUCAUCGAGGAGCAGCCCAAAAACUAUCAAGUCUGGCAUCACAGACGUAUGGUGGUAGAGUGGUUGAAAGACCCCUCGGAGGAAUUGGAGUUCAUUGCCGACAUCCUCAGCCAAGAUGCCAAGAACUACCACGCCUGGCAGCACAGACAGUGGGUCAUACAGGAGUACAAACUGUGGGACAACGAGCUGGAGUUUGUGGAGAUUCUUCUGGAAGAAGAUGUGAGGAAUAACUCUGCAUGGAACCAGAGACAUUUUGUAAUUUCUCACACCACAGGCUUCUCUGAUCCAGCCAUAGUGGAGAGAGAGAUUCAGUAUUGUCUGAACCAAAUCAAGAAGGCUCCCCACAAUGAAAGUGCAUGGAACUAUUUGAAAGGGAUGCUGCAAGACCAAGGUCUGUCGUCUCCGCCAGGCCUGCUGGAGAGGGUCCUUGAGCUGAAGGAGACGCACUGUUCACCUUAUCUUCUUGCAUUUCUGUUUGAUUGCUACGAGGACGUCUUGGAGAACAGCAACAAAAAAGAAAAUAUGACGGAAGGGGACCGAAAGGAAACGUUAGGAAAGGCUCUAGAAAUUUGUCAACUAUUGGCACAGGAGAAGGACACCAUCCGUAAGGAGUACUGGCUGUUUUUGGGACGUUCCUUAAAGAACAAAUGCAGUGGCCCCUCUGAGCCUAUGGCCGAUGAUCCUGUACCAUCAGGGCAGCAGGAGACGAGUUAGACCAUCAAGGGGGCUCAGCCCAUUUCCACUCCCAUCCUGCUUCGCUGCUACUGCCAGCAGAACCCACCGAUGCAGUUUGAUAUUACUGAAAAUGCUAAUCUGUAUUUUGCUGAGGAAGUUACUUGAAACUGACUACUAACAUGAGAUCGCCCAUGAGAAGGGGAUUCAGGUGAAAUAUAACGGAUACUCACUUUUAACUACAUAGGACAGAGAAGUGGAUUAUGUGUCAAAUAAUUUUCACCUUUUUUUUUUUUUUUUUUUU